UUCGAAUUCCACACAGGCGAAGAAGCCACUCGAGCCUGACCAAGAACCCAAAUACAACAACAACUUAAAGAUCCCUUUCUUCUUCCGAGAACCAAGAUUGAGGUGAUGAUGGCCGGGGUUUGACUGUUGACUUGUUGACCAUCCAUCGACCAACCGAGAUUGUAGAUACAUACAACGCGUUUCUUCCUGACGAAACCAGUUGAUGACUCGAUCGCCGUUGCUCACUUGACCAUCGCAACUGUCUUUUUUCUUUUUUUUAUCCCACAUUCGGGCAGAGGAGUGAGUGCUUCACUCUCCGGCCCUAUACAUUACUUCAAGUCUUCCUCCAGCCGUGACACGAUAUCCACCGGACCAGCUGCAAACGAUUGUCGAGUAAUCAGUUCCGCUUGAGCUGGUCGCACGAUAUACUUAGUCCCUUCAGGAAACACCCUGGGAGUUGUGUGGAUUGUAUAACUAUCACCCUGCUGUGCUUGUUGACCGAAGACCAGAAGGAACCCCCCCUGCUUUGUUCCAACUUCCAAUUUCUUUUCUCGAUCUUUUCUCAGAUUUCCUUCACAAAAGCAAUCAACUCUGCGCUUCUUUCUUCUCACAACCUCCGUACUCCGACUCAGAUAGGCAAUCUCCUAACCUUAUUCGGUGCUUGUCUUAAUUGCGCCACGCCCUCUUUCGGACAUUCUAAUUUCUACCCUCUUCACUUCUCACCUUGUCAGAUAUUUAGUCAGCGCGCGCCAUCUCUGAUUGAACCCUUCUGGUGUGCAACACUCCCCUCUGAUCUUUCGCAUCCAAUUCUUUCGUUCUCCGCGUCCAGAGCCUUUCAUCGCAAGCUUCUCUCCACACUUCAACCCCUUCAACUUCCCCCACGCCUAUCUUAGAAACCAUAAUAAUCAUCGGCUCAGCCUCAUCAAAUCCUUCCUCCCCUCUCAAACUCUCCCGGCCCUUGGAUCAAUGCAUUCAUUCUUCAAAUCCAGAAGCUCAAAGAACAAGCUCAGCCCAAACCCACCCCCAACCGAUCGUAUCCCAGCCUCACAGACUACAAAAGUCGCUCUUGAUGAGCUUGGCCGUCUAGCCCAGCCACCUCAGUCUCCAGGAGACCAGUCUAACCCCGACCAGCGAUCAUACUCGCAACUCACUCAUUCCGACUCACAACCCUUCAAUCAGCUCGAUGCCGAAUUGCAACUCAUCUACGGCUACAUCGGGAUACACACCGAAAUCGAACUGGAUCUGCCCACUGCUGCCCGUGCUGUCAACUUGGUAGCCCAGGAGCUCAAAAGCAGAGCACUCGAGACCCCGCUACUGUUCAGCACUCACGCACUCGAUAUCUCAACCGAAGGUACUCACUCCCUAAUCAGAGGAUUUGUCCAUGACCAAGAUGAAUUCAUUCAUGCUCUCACAAUGCACAGCGCUCACAAUCUGGCGGCUUUGCUGAAGUGGAUUCUUUCUCGUUACGUGAACGGACGAGGCGAGCAUGGUAUUAUUCUUUGGCAACAAUAUGCUAGUUGGCGAGAAUCUGAGAAAGGUAUGUAG